AUGUCUAGAACUGCAAAAACAGUUGGAAUACCCCUUCAAAUAAAGUAUAAUGUGUAUCUGGCACAUGCUUCCGAAGAUGAGGACUUGGCCAAAACAGUAAAAGAAACAUUAGAAGCUGAAAAGUACCAGGUGAUGAUCUACAAAGAGGAUUUUGAUGCUAGGUUUACAGUUCUGAGAAACAUCGCAACUAAAAUUGAUGAGUCACUCCGCAUGGUAUUCCUCCUAACAGAGAACUCACUUGAAAAAAGUUUUCCUAGAUAUGAAGCUAAUGAAGGCAUAAGACGAAUGCUCAAUGAAAAGAUUCAGUAUGUAAUUGUACUGCGUAAUGGUGUACCAAGAGAGAGGGUUCCACCUUCACUUCGCUGGGUUCAAGACAUAGAUUACAAUGACAGAAAGGUUCCGUGGAUUGAUAAAGUAAAAUACUGCAUAAGAGAAUCACAACCUUUGGAAAUUGGCUUAAAUGGGAAUGAUGUUGGGUUUGGCAUGGCUUGGAGUUACUUUUACUCCUAUCUUAACAUCAUUGUACCUCCACAAGGACCUGAGGGGGGAAGGCUAGAUAUGAAAGGGCGUAUAGAAAAGUACCUAGCAACUCGUGAAAAACAGCAAAUCACAUACAUGCCUCGUAAAAUCUACAUCCUGGUACCAGAGUCUGGAAUACUACCAAGCAGCAUUGCCGAUGUUAAUGAUAGAGUCAAUGUACGUGACAAGAAAAGUGACAAACUGAAAACAACAGUGAUGAGAGGAGGAACUGAAAGGCCAUAUUUGAAUACAAUCUAUACCAUAGAGGAUGGUUCAAAGGUAUACCAGUGCAUUGUGGAAUAUGCAACUGUUCUACAGCCGCUAAAGGAAAUGGAAGACAAUGUGAGAUUGACAACCUUCUUAGCUAUUGAUCGUGAGGUGCAGAUUAAGAUUUUCUAUCAAAUGCUGAAGAACAUCAUCAGGAACACAUUCACUGAUGAGCAACAAGCAAUGGUAGAGCUGAUUCAUAUCACAGGUGAUGGAGACCUCUGUGAUAUUCUACUUCAGAAAAUCAAGAAAGAUGAAGAUGAUUGUGUUAAGGAGGAUGUUGCAAGAGAAACUGAGAUGGAAGUUGAUACAUCAAAUGAUGGCAAGGUAGAUGUUCCUGUUGGGUACCAGGCUGCUCCAUGUUUGAGAAAUGAUAUGUCAUACCAUGCAUUCCUAACAUAUGCUGGUGAAGUAGAUGAAGGAAUGGCGUCAGAUAUCAGAAAUAUGUUGUCAAACAGUGGAUUUCAAAUAGCCAGCAAGGAUGACUUUACAGGAGGUGCCAUAGUGUUGCAAGAAUUACCUAAAUUAAUGAACAGGUCUCAAAGAAUGAUUCUUCUUGUAACAGAAGAUUUCUUGAAAAAAGGGGGAUCACUGUAUGAGGCAAAGCAAGCCAUCACAAAAAUGAUUGAAAUGAAUGAGCGAUAUGUAGUUGUGCUUAGAAAUGGUGUCGAAAGGAAAGAAAUGCCAAAGUUUCUCCACUGGGCCACAGAUAUAGACUAUGAAGAGGAGCCUAAUGUUAGAAACAGAAAACUUAUUUUUGCUCUAACGGAUAAUACUCCAUUAGAGGUUGACCUGUUGGGUAAUGAUGUUGGGUUUGGCAUGGCAUGGGCAUACUUCUACUCCUAUCUUAACAUCAUUGUGCCUCCACAAGGACCUGAGGGUGAAAAGGCACUUGAUUUGAAAGGUCGCAUUGAUAAACACGUUGCCUCCCAUGGAAACAAGGGCAUUAAAUACAUGCCUCGUAAAAUCUUCAUCCUGGUACCUGAAUCAGGUAUUCUGCCUGGCAACAUCGCUGAUGCUGAUAAUCGUAUAACAUUGUUAGACAAGAACAAUGACAAGUUAGAGACAUUGGUGGCGAGAGGAGGGACACCAAGGCCUUACAAGAACAUGAUACGGACCAUUCAGGAUGGUGCAGAUAAAUACCAGUGCCUUGUUGAAUAUGCAACAGCAAUUCAACCAUUGAAAGAAAUGGAAGACAACCCUGAACUGCCAUCUUUCAAAGCAGAUGAUCGCUUUGAACAAGUCAAGAUUUUCAAGGAAACUCUACAAAAUGUCAUCCAUGAGACAUUCAACCCAGAGCAGAGAGCAAUGGUUGAGGUUAUAGAAAUCAGAGACCUGGAUGGAGCUUCCCUUCCGCUCGCUGAUCUUUUGCUUCAGAGAAUCAAAGCAGACAUGCCUGACUAAUUGAAAACUGUUUAGACUGCUAAGGCUACAGCAUGUACAGCACCAGUUAUCUUUGCUAUCUUAUAGAUACCAUGGGCUUUUAAGAGAAAGACUGUGUCUUUAGACAUAUACCAAAGAGAGCAAUAUCGUAAUUUUCUCAGUUAUGACAGACAAGCAAACAAACUUGUCAACAAGUCCUCUUGGACUAUAAAUAUUCAACUUUCAAUGACACUCUGCUCUUACAUUUAUCUAUAUCACCAUGGCAAUGUCUCUCUUACAUGUGUCAUGACCAAGACACUCGGAUUCUCCUCAGUUUAUUUUAAAUCAUACAAAA